GAGGAGUGGAUGCGGCCGGCCUAGCCUAGCCUAGCCUAGCCUGAUGCGGCUGUGCUGUCAGUUGGGAGGUGGGAAAGGAGCGGGGUGAGGGAGAAAGAGGGAAGGAGAGAGGAUGAGGAGCGGGACGGUGGGCAGCACCGGCAGGGACAGGCGAUAUAUUGCGUAUCAUUUGUAAGUAGCAACCCAAUGCAUUUAUUGAAAAGAGGAACAGCACGUUAACGUUUUUCAACGAAGAAAGAUACAAGCUCCAGUUGUCACAUUUACUCCUUUACCUCGGUCCCAGUGGCAGCUCCUCGGUUUGAUACUUAAUGUGGUAAACAUCUGCUUGCUAAUACCGAGAAGAAUGGGACAGGAAAGAGGAAAAUAUGACUUUUAUGUUGGUUUGGUGUUAGCCAUUAGCUCCAGCAUCUUUAUUGGAGGGAGUUUCAUCUUAAAAAAGAAAGGUCUCCUCAGACUGGCCAAAAAAGGGUCAAUGCGAGCAGGUCAGGGAGGGCAUGCAUAUCUUAAAGAGUGGCUAUGGUGGGCUGGACUGUUGUCAAUGGGCGCUGGAGAAGCUGCUAACUUUGCUGCAUAUGCCUUUGCUCCAGCCACAUUAGUGACCCCGUUGGGAGCUCUUAGUGUCCUUGUCAGUGCUGUUCUGUCAUCUUACUUUCUGAACGAAAGACUUAACCUCCAUGGCAAACUUGGUUGUUUUCUAAGUAUUAUCGGUUCUACUGUGAUGGUAAUACAUGCACCGCAAGAGGAAGAGGUGGAAACCAUACAUGAAAUGGCCAUUAAACUUAAAGAUCCAGGUUUUGUGGUGUUCGCAACUUUUGUCAUCAUUGUUUCUCUGAUUCUUAUUUUUGUUGUCGGACCCCGUCAUGGGCAGACGAAUAUCCUGGUUUACAUAACCAUCUGUUCUGUCAUCGGUGCCCUCUCUGUCUCCUGUGUGAAAGGCCUUGGUAUUGCUAUUAAGGAACUGUUUGGCGGGAAGCCUGUACUUACCUAUUCUCUGUCAUGGAUCCUUCUGCUAAGCCUUAUAGCUUGUGUAAGCACUCAAAUUAACUACUUGAACAAGGCACUGGAUAUUUUCAACACAUCUUUAGUGACUCCCAUUUAUUAUGUGUUCUUCACUACAUCUGUUUUGACAUGUUCUGCUAUUCUUUUUAAAGAAUGGUAUCAUAUGGACAAUGAUGACAUCAUUGGCACAUUGAGUGGCUUCUUCACCAUCAUAGUGGGCAUCUUCUUGUUGCAUGCCUUUAAAGAUAUCAAUUUAACACUGGCAACUUUGCCUGUGUUCAUGAGAAAGGAGGAGAAGGGAUUUACUGCCAAUGGGAGUGUACAUUAUGAGCGGUUAGACCACAAUGUGGAAAACGAAAGCUGCACCGAGAAUUCGGACAUGCACUCCUCUGAAAUGGUCUCCUCCAGAAGAAAUGGAAAUAUGAUCACCAUGUGAGAUUCGGAUAACAAAAUGUUAAUGGAUAAAGGAAAGACACUGUGCUGUCUAUAGUAUCUCUACUGUCAUAGUUACCAGAAUUGAGCUGCUUGUAAAAGGUCAUCGAUGUUGGUGACUUCACAUAUUGUAAAGGAGAGUCUCUAGGGACAAUCAUUUUUCCAUCAGUGUGAUUGGGAUGGACCAAGGGUUAUUAAACUGCAUUUUUAUUUGCCUUAUUUUUCAUGGCUCAUUUUUUAAACAUCUUUUAAAUGAUGCAUUGUGGUUUACAUGGUUGAAAUAACCAUGGGGGAAGAAAUCACCAUGUAACAACACACAUGCCGACUCAUUAUUUUAAAUAUUUUUUGAAAACAAUAAUGUACUUUAUGCACUGAGGGUUUUAAUUUUAAAUGUUUGAAAUAAAAUUCUUUUGGAUUCAC